AACCACUAUUGAACGUCUGAGUUAUACUUUAUUGUCUCACAUUUCCAGGUGAACGAUUAGAAUAUUGAUGCGCCCCAUUCUGGCACCGAGCAUCCAUUACGCAUGGCGUUUCCAUCGUCUCUUUUAAUCAAUCAAGGGAUCUAUCUGGGACAUUGUUAUCAGACAUUGCUCUUUGACCAUAUUGGUUAGAUAGACCUCGGUGUAUAAAAGACCUGACACAGACAACUGGCAAUAUCAUUCGCACUUGCGGACUUCGUUUUGUACAGACUGUCACAUACGGUCACCUCUCUUUUAAGGCAUGGCAAUGGGUGGAUUGUUGGUGUGCGUCCUCAUGGCGGCGCUAGUGGGUGUUGGUUUGACAUCACCCGUAUCCAAGUCGGAUGGCAACACCAAACAGGGUGGGAUACUGCCACAGCUACUGGCCAGGAGGGAGGCAGUGUGGAAUGCUGCGGAGAACGUCGCUAAGCGGGAGCAAGACACUCAAAUGAGCAUGGCACGGAUGGCGAGGACGGCGCACCUGUCGGAGGACCAGCGCGAGUUCAUGUCCAAGCAAAUCAAGCAGGCCAUCUCAGGUUUGUAUUGUUCGCAGAGUUGAUGAACGAGUGUCCGGGCCGGGACUACCAAGGAUGGGUCGACUUUGGACGGCGGAGUGCAGAGU